UCACAGUUGAGGCGUGUACUUUCGUUUUCCCAAAAGCGAGCCUUCAUGAUUCAGCUGAUCGUAUAAAACCUGCCCCCUGACUCUGGGACAGGCAGAAGAGGGAAAGUCGUGGUCUUUUUCGCUUCAGACAGCUAUCGAAACAAGAAUGGAGGACCUGCAGUUGUACUCGUACCAGGAGGAGGUGGCGCAGAGGGCUCUUCUUGGAGAAAACAUCAUUAUUUGGUUACCGACGGGAGGAGGAAAAACCAGGGCAGCGGUGUAUGUGGCCAAAAGACACCUGGAGACAAAACCCAGGGCCAAGGUGGUCGUACUCGUCAACAUGGUUCACCUGGUGGACCAGCACUACAAGAAUGAGUUCUCCAAGUACCUGGAGCCUGUGUACCAGGUGCUGCCGGUCACUGGGGACUCGGAGGAGAAGGACUUUUUUGGUAAAGUUUUCCGUACGGCUGAUGUGGUGGUCUGCACGGCUCAGAUCCUCUACAACGCCAUGAUCAACGAAGAGGAGGACAGACACGUGGAGCUGUCAGACAUCACACUGCUGAUCAUUGACGAGUGCCACCACACCCACAAGGACACAGUGUACAGUAAGAUCAUGCGCUGUUACGUGGAGAAGAAGCUGAAGAACCAGGGUCCUCUGCCUCAGGUCCUGGGCCUCACUGCGUCUCCAGGAACCGGAGGCAAGAAGGUCCUGGAGGGCGCGGUGGAGCACGUCCUCACGAUCUGUGCUAACAUGGAUUCAGCGAUUGUCUCAACUCAGAACUACCGCCAAGAUCUGCAGAAGAAAGUGCCCCGGCCGCGCAAAGAGUAUGACAUAACAGAAAGGAAACCAAUGGACCCUUUUGGAGAUCACAUAAAGUGGAUGAUGCUUCAGAUCCAUGAGUAUAUGAACCUGCCCCGGGACGUCAAGCUGAGGGAGUGCGGGACACAGGAGUAUGAACAAGAUGUGGUCCUUCUCGAACAAAGAGGCGUGAGCGAGAGCAACCGUGUGAUCGCCCAGUGUGCCCUGCAUCUGAGAGAGUACAACGACGCUCUGCUCAUCAGCGACACUCUGAGGAUGAUCGACGCCUACAACUCCCUCAAAAGUUUCUAUAACAACAGGCCCACCAUGGACGCCACGGACAUGUUUUUGGUCGGACUGUUUGAAGAGAAUGAGGUGGAGCUGAAGCUCCUGGCCCAAGAUCUCAGCUGUGAGAAUCCAAAAAUGGGCAAACUGGAGAGCACUCUUCUGAACCAGUUUGGGGCGGAUAAGAAGUCGAAAGGGAUUCUCUUCACAAAGACCAGAAAAAGUGUCCACUGUCUGUAUGACUGGAUUAUGGGGAAUGAAGUCCUGCAGAGAGCGGGCAUCAAAGCAGCUCCACUGAUCGGAGCUGGGAACGGCAUCAGUCACAUGACACAGAAUGCACAAAAAGACACCAUCCGUGAAUUCCGUGGUAACAGGCUCAACCUCCUCAUCUCCACCACCGUCGCAGAAGAAGGCCUCGAUAUCCCAGAAUGCAAUGUGGUGGUGCGCUACGGGCUGCUGACCAAUGACAUCGCCCAGCUGCAGGCGAGUGGGCGGGCCCGGGCUCAGGACAGCGUGUACUCCGUGGUGGCUCAGAGAGGGGGGCGGGAACUACGAAGAGAAAUGAUCAACGAACACCUGGAGGAACUGACCAAGAAGGCCGUGGCCAAAGUGCAGGAGAUGGAUGAACGCCAGUUCAGAGAUAAAAUAUUCCAACUACAAAGGGAGGAGUUGCUCCGUCAGAGAUUGGCCGAACAGAAGAACUUUGCAAAGAGGAACCGCUUCUCUGCUUCUGAGGUGCAGCUGAUCUGCCGUAGCUGUCUGAAAACUGUGGCCCAAGGGAGCGACCUCAGACUGGUGGAGGGGGCCCACUACGUCAACAUCAACCCAGAGUUCAAAAGAGAGUACAAAGUGGGAGGACAGAUAGUUUUACCAAGAGAAUUCGAAGACUGGGAGCCUGGCUGUAAAAUUAUCUGCAACAAUGGCAACUGCAACAAGGACUGGGGGUUUGAGAUGAAGUACAAGAAGUUUGCCAUUUUGGGAACCCUGAAGAUCUCCAGCUUCGCUCUCCGGACUCCUGUGGAACAGAAGACAGUGAAGAAGUGGAAGGAUGUGCCAUUUCCUGUGGGUGACUUUGACUUCAGCACAUACUGCCAGGAGCAUUACCCCGAAAUGCUCGACUGAAGGAGUACUGGCUCCAAAAAUUGGUUAAGUAAUUUUAGUGUGCAUGUAACUGCAGCCAACGAUCAUGCAGCUUUUUUUUAAACGGUUUUAAGUAUCUAUAAGAACAAUUUAGAAUUUCCAGAGAACAUGUACAAGAAAAUAUGAGUUUGUAGUGACUUUACAAUUCCACUAUAUAAUACCACUUCUUUAUCAUCAAAAAAAACAACAACAGCCAUUUGAAAAGCUGGGCAGAGGCUUAUGAACUUUGUAACUGCAUUGUUUACAAAGACUUGUUGAUGAAAUUAAAUUUAUUUAACUUUAGAUUUAAUACUUAUGUAAUUACAACAUUGCAGUUUACUACAGAUUUGAUUGUGUGAACAGUUAGCUUUGUUUACAAAUGAAUGAGACUCUGUAGUUAUAGAUUUUCACCGUAAACUUGGUCAAGAAAACUUAUAUUAUUAUACAUAUUCCUCCAAAAAUAUUGUUACAUGAUGUGAGUCAACCGAGUACUACAAAAACUCUACCGCACACGUCACUUUAGCUGACAUAACUCACUGACAUAACGCCUUUGACAGGUGGAAAUGCUCAUUUUACUAAAACACAAUUAAAAGGUGCACUGUGUAACUUUUCUGAUCUCUCACCUGCUUCUCUCCGUGGAGAUGUUACCUGCAAUCUUCCAAAGUAUCUCUAUGGAGACAGCGGGUGACAACACAGGGUCAAGUUACAUGUCAGAUCUAUGGAGAGGCGAGCCCACUCACAGUAAGAAUGGACGUUUUUAGGUCAAUAACAAAACAUCUUAUUGCGUAAAUGCAAGAUGGAUACUUUUAAUGCCAUAUCGGGACAUUCCAGACAAAGCAACAACAUCUUCAUAGGGUAACCAGGUGGUGGAUCCUCUAGACCUUACACUUAUAAAGUUCCACAGUGCACCUUUAAGAUUAUUAUAUUUUAUUUACAAAACAUUUCCCUUUUUUUUCCCCAGUUUGGCAUUUUUUAUUUAUGGUUCAAAUUUUACUUCCUGGUUGAAAAUUAUGACAUUAUGAUGCUAGGAAAUUACGUAACUGUUACCAAGCAACCAUGUGUCACUCUGGGCCAAAACUCCUCUAAUGUAUGUGGAAAUUAUUAUUUGACAAAUAAAAAUAAUAAAAUAUUAUUAUUAAUAAUAAUAAAACACCUUUAUUUUGUUGAAAUUAUGUUUAAAGGUGCACUAUGUAACUUUAUGGGUGGAGGGUCUCCUUAAACUUCACUAUCUCCAUGGAAACAAGCAGGAGAUGUCACCAGACCAAGAUGUACUGGCCACAUCUGUGGAAAGGCUGGCCGGCAGACCAGUGGUGGAGUUAGCAAUUUGGGAGCCGUAGGCGAAUUUGAGUUUGGGGCCCUCUUAAUGCACUGUUAUUUUUUAGUUUAGUU